AUGAGGCUUCCCCCCGUCGCUGUUGAGGCAUCGAAUCCAUCACACCCUUCCAAGCACCAGGCGGCUGUCACCGUCUCCCUGCUCCACCACCUGUACCCGCCGCCGCUGCUCGCUGGCAAUUCGCCUGCAACAUCGCCAGUGGGCCUGUUCGAGCACAAGGAAGAAGCCCGUGGAAAAGGGCUGCCCGUCGACGGCCUGCCCGGCCAGUCCCCGCACGGUGAUCACGAGCCGCGCAUUGCACAGCAUUCGCCCACUCAUUUCGCCCUGUCCGACCCAGCAGGCCCCCAGACACCUGGCCCCCAGACACUGGAUGGCAGCUUGCAAGAAGGUGCAAGUCAUGUCUCGCCCAAGGCAUCACCACUGGCCGCGCCCUACACCGACUGA